AUGGCGUCGAUGUUAUCCUCAACGGUGACUGAAGUGAACAGAAUUCGGAUCGUUCCAUAAUAUCGGAGGGACUCGUGAUUUUCACUUCACAAGCGAAGAUAAUCAACUUUAAAAAAGACAUGGGGCAAUAAGGUCAGAUAAUAGGUCUGGUCCCGCAGACGAACCUGAAUAGAGAACCACGUUCUCCUUUUCCACAGGACACUGCAGUGCAACUGAACAUAUCGUCCUUAUCGAAAAGUCAAGUUGCCCUUGAAGUAACCGGGGGGGAGAAGACACGAGCUUGUUUUAAUAGGACAGUGAUGGUGCAAUGGGAGGAGGAUCCAGCAGAAUCAUGCUAUUGCACUCCUGCACAGAUCCGUGACCUAGUCAUUGACUUCGCGUGACUUUUUUUCUUCCGUCCGGACGUAGGUAUUAGAUGUGAAGAUGGCUGGUUAAUUAAAAGGGAUGGCGGAAAGUGCAGAGCUGAAGGGAGAGACGACGUGUCUGGAAUGGAAGAAGAAAGAUUCAGACACCCGUGAGAAGAAAACGGCAGGCAAGGCAAAGGCAACGCCUUGGGAACAAGAAGAGGAUAGGAAGGUGCGAGCACUGAAGGCCUUCAUGGAAUGGAAAGAAAAGAAAGAUGCCGAGCUCAAACGGGAGACGGAAAAGAGAAAGCAGCUCCAGGAAGAGAUCGAAAAGGAAAAACCAGAGCCGCAGCAAGUAGCAGCUUACUCGGAAUGGAAAAAGAAGAAAGAUGCGGAGGCACACGAGAAGCGAAUGGCGGCCAAGGCAAGGGCAGCAGCCCGGGAACAAAAAGAGGAGGAGAAGAGAGCACAAGUGUUGAAGGCCUUCAUGGCAUGGAAGGAAAAGAAAGACACCGAGCUCCAACUGGAAAUUGCGAAGAGGAGGAAGCUUAAGGAACAAAGGGAAAAGGAAAUCUUGGAAGCACAGGCCAGAAAGUCGGAAUGCAUACAGUCGUAUCUCCACUGGAAGGCGAAGAAGGACGAAGAGCUGGCGAGGAUGAAGAAGCGCGACAAAAAGAAAGCAUUCGAGAGCAAAGUGAAGAAAGAGGAGGAGGAGAAGGAGAAGCGGGCCAUAGCCCAGGCGGCGUGGAAGGCUUGGACGGGAAAACACGCGGAAAGGGAGAAGACGGCUCGCCUUCGUCAGAGGUAUUUCCAGAGGCCUGAUGCCCUUGAGCCCGCGAGUCACAAGCCUCGGCGUUAUUACGAAAUCGACCGCUCCGGAUGCAAGAGGAGGAGACAUGAAAGAUGGGAGGCUCAGCGUCAUGCCGAACGCCUUCAAAUGGCUUUAGAUGCCUUCGACUUGUGGCUCGAGGAAAUCCAACUCCGAACUCAAAUACUGAAGCUGGAACAGCUUGCCCAACCAGACGACCAGAGCAUCAGUCUCUGAUACACCAUGGCCUUCUAAUGGGAGUCACCUGUGAUAUUUAUCCUUGCUUUCUUCACAUUUUCUGAGCAGUGACAAUGUACUUGCAAUAUUACCAUUGAUGAGAAUGCAUUAGGGAGGCACAAAAAUCAGGGUCUACAAUGGAAGCUGCAAUGUGGGAAUCCUUAUGCAAUUUCCUGGCACCCCAACUAUCCUAUACAUUCCACACUGUGUUACUGAUUACACUGUAUGAAGUGUGUUCAGUCCUUUGAACAUGAGAGAAGGGUAAGAAUACAUACAUGAAGUACAAG